AUGCUCGAGUCCACGAAACAGUACGUCUACGACCGCCGGAAGGGCCUGCUGAAGGGCGCGGGAUACGCGGGUGGGCUGUAUCUGCUCAGUCAGUAUGUCGCAGCGCGAAUUGAGGACUUUCGAGAGAAGAUUAAGCAGGAGCGGGCUGCGCGGGAGAAUCUGCGUCGCAGGUUUGAGCAGAACCAGGAGGACAUGAACUUUACCGUUAUGACGCUCGUGCCGACGCUGGGGAAGCAUAUACUGCAGGACAUGGACGUGGAGGCCCUCACCCACGAACUGCAAGCCAAGUCGAAAGCGAGCAAAGGCAAGCCAGAUAGGGGCUCCAUGAGUUCCUCGGUUUUGUCAUCCAGCGCAGAGAUCGUGCAGGAGCACGACGCGCGGUCAGACUUGGGGUCCGCAUCAAUAUUGUCCUACCCCGACAACGGUGCGGCGUCCAUGGGGGGGUCAACACACAGCUGGGUGGACGAGUUCGCUGCGCAGACACCGUCGUAUCCGCCCCGCAUAUACCCCGAUGCGGCCGACCUGUCCGACUCGAUGCUCACCACGAGUUCCGCACCGAGUACGAGUGCGAAUACAGAAUCUGGCUCCUCCGAGCCGGCCAGUUCGGCGGAGGAGUCGUCUGCGUCGAGCAGCCGGAGCAAGGCGGAGCUGUGGAAGGAGAUCAAAAUGCUAGCGUUCACGCGCACGCUGACCGUCGUCUAUUCCCUCACCCUCCUCACGCUUUUCACCCAAAUUCAACUGACGAUCCUGGGUCGGUAUAAAUACAUCCAAUCGGUGCUGCAACAGGAGCGCGACGAACGGAUGCGGGAGAAGCUCCUGGACCAGGUGUCGAUAUCGUCGCUGUUCUGGGACCCGCCAGAUACCGACGAGGAUGUUGAGGAGGAUCUGGAGACGGUGAGCAGGGAGACGGAGCGGAAGUUUCUCACUCUGAGCUGGUGGAUAUUACAUGUUGGGUGGAAAGAUGUUGGAGAGCGGGUGAAGAGGGGGGUGGAAGAGGUGUUCGAAGGGGUUUCGUUGAAGAGUAAGUUGACUGCGAUGGACUUGCAUCGGCUAAUAGGCGACGUGCGGCGUCGAGUCGAACAUGAGAUUACUUUCGAGGGGACGGAGCGACGGGUGAACUUCGCGUCAACACUAAUACCGCCAACCGCCGAGACGCUCCAACACGUCCUCCUCAAAGGCGGCGUCUCGCCGUACGCCUCCCUCACCAACCCCUACCCGCAGUCCGACCCCGACCCAAUAUUCACCGCGCUCCUCGCCGAAACGCGCACGCUCCUCAGCUCGUCCGAUUUCUCCUUCGUCCUGGAGGUGUGCCUUGACAGGGCGACGGAGGUGCUGUUCGACGGGCUGCGGAAGAACGUGUUCGUCGAGAGCGGGAGCGGGGAGGAGGAGGAGGUUCGCAUACGGCUCGCGGGGUUGUUGCCGGGGCUGGCGAGGUGGAGUAAGCUCGCGUUGACGGCGCUGCCGAAUGAGUUGGUUGAUGGACUGCUGGGACUGCGGGAAGUGACGGCGUUGUCUGCUAUCGUAUUCUCGAAAUUUGAGGACAGGUUCCGGUGACGUUGUGUCUUCUUGUAUAGCAACUGCUCAUAUACCGCUAUCAUCAUUAUUUGGAACAACUC